AUGGCUUCAUCCGAUAGCGAUAGCAGCUCGAGCAGAUCGACCUCGCCCGAGCUUGUGACCGAGCAAGAAAAGAAAAUGACAAAACUCGCCAAAGGGCAGCAACCAAGCGACGAUGAUACCUCCGACUCAGGUUCAGACUCUGGUUCAGAGACAGACUCGGAUAGCGACUCCGAUGAUUCUAAAGAAAUGAAACCUAGCACCAGUUCAGGCAACAACCCUACAAACCCCCCCGCGGGAUUCAAGUCUGCGAAGAAGCAGGCCCCGCCCUCCUCAAAAGCCCCCUCCCUUUUCUCCAAUCUCAAAGGCAAACAUAUCCUCCACCUUACAGCGCCCGAAUCUCUUCCUUUGUCCAAGGUCAAGGAGGUCUGCAUGUCCAAGAUCUUGCAAGGUGAACCGAUCAUCACCCACGAUGGUGUGAACUACGGCAUCCCAGCCGAGUCUUUUACCGAAGUCGAUCCCUCUACAAAAUCGCUACUCCUCUUCGAUGAGAAGACACAAACAUAUUCCACGGCAGCCCACAACAUCCCCAGCUACCACGUUCAGGAAUUGAUUGGUCUCCCAAGCGCAUCGGAAACCACUGAUGCCGUGGUUGCCGAGAUGCGCAAAUACGUCAAGCCCGCUAGACCCCAGCCGAAAAAUUUGAAGAUGCGCUUCCGACCGGUCGGAACCGCCAAUGCUCCCCCUGAGACUCUAGGUUCUAGUUCGGAGUCAGAGGCAGAGGUGCCUUCCUUCAAGGUCCCUAAGGGAGAGGAACGGAAGAGAAAGCUUUCUCACGAUGAAGCUGAGGGCGAAGCUCCCCAAGCGGCUGCGGUUCCUCGGAAGAAGUCAAAGAAGCACUCAGAAGAGAAAGGUGAUGAUGAUGAGAAGAGCCGGAAGAAGUCCAAGAAGUCCCACAAGGACAAGGAGGAAAAGAAGCGGAAGAAGUCCGAAAAGGCAUGA